AUGUCAAAAGUCAAAAACAGAUCUUGUUCUAGUUCACCAUCAGAAUUAGAACGUGAGUUCAGUCGAGUACCUAUCUCUCAGCAAAAAAUUAAUUUUAAUAAUGAACCUCGUGAAAUAGUAAUUUUGGUAAAUAAUUUUAUUAGUGAGUUUGGCGAUGUUCGAACUACAAAAUGGUUAGAUCUUUUAUGGAAUUCUUCAGUCAAUACUAGGCUAAAGCUAUCCCAUGUCUACAAAAUCAUUGAUAAAAACAUUUCAAAAUCAUCUAAAAUCACGAAGAAAAGAUGGGUGGCAGUUAAAAAUUCUAAUCAGCAUGAAUACAAAUUUUGGGAAAAAUUAACAGAAAUAGCAAAUUUGAAGCACAAAUUAUUAUAUCCAAAUUAUAAAUAUAUUCCAAUUAGGAAUAAAAACAAAAAAUGUAGAUCAAACAAUACUUACAAACAAUAUCCUUCAUUGGUAGUUAAUGAUAUUAUCAAGACCACAGAAAUUGAAUCCAACAAAAAAAUUGAUUCAUUACAAAUACAAGAAACAAACAAUACCCAAGCUUUAUCAGUCAAUAACAAUUCAACAACCCCUAUCAGAUCCUGUUCAGAUAGUUAUCUUAUACACAGUUUUUUACCUUAUUACUUAUUUCAUGAAUAUAGACCAAAUUUUACAGCUUCAAGUAUAAUGCUUGUUCACAAUCCUUACUUUAACUACCUUCAAUGUUAUCAACCUCAAGGUUACUUUAUAUUCAAUGAUUUAAUUGACACUGUAUUAAUUAAUAAAAAUAGCACAGUUGAUUCUAAUUUUAGUAGUUGGCAAGCUGGCGAGCAAUCUGGCGAGCUUGUCAAGACAAUAGUGACGAGAGUCUUGUCACUCUUUGACGAGCAAAAAAAAGCUCACCUCGCCAGCUUGCCAACCAUUUAG